ACGUGCCGCCGCCGCCCGGGGCCUGCGAAAUCGCCCCGAGGGCGGCCCGUCAGCUGUAAGAGACCGCGGGCAAACACGAGAGGGGCGUCGACCUUUCUCCUGGGGGGCGGACUCGGGUCCCGCGGCGUGUUCUGUCGGAAACGCCCCCUUCUUCCUCCUGGGCGGGGCGAGUGAGGCCCUGUACCGAGUCUGCCGCGGCGCCUCAGUGGGGUAUGGCCCGUUGUGAGGAGGGCGACGCGGUCCCCCUGGUACUUCUGGGGUCUCCCGGAGUUUGCAGUAAAGGGUUGCAAAGGAAGGGGCUCUGUGAAUGGCGCCGGCUGAAGGCGAUGGUGUCGGAGCAGCUCAGCCAGGAUAUGCUCAGGCUUUUAAGGGAAGAAAUCCAUACAGAUGUUACUUUCUCUACAGAUUAUACUUUGUUCAAAGCACACAAAGCUGUCCUUUUAGGGAGGGUUCCUGACUUCUAUUUCCAUACUGUUGGACAGACAUCAGACAGUAUAACAAAUCAUGAGCCUGUUCCUGUGGAGAAUGUUGAAGCUUUAGAAUUUAGAACAUUUUUACAGAUUGUAUAUUCAUCAAACAGAGACAUAAAAAACUAUGAAGAGGAAAUUUGUAGGAAAAUGAUAGCAGAAAGUGGGAUACUACAAAAGAAACUUGACUUCAGUUUUCAAAAGUGUAAAAAUUCAUCUGAUUGUUCUCUUCAGAAGCAUGAAAUUUCAGAGGAUAUCAGUAAUAGAGAUGACAGUUUAAUUUCCAAUGAUCAUUAUGACUUGGAACCUGCAUCUGAAUUAGGAGAAGAUUUAUUGAAGCUUUAUGUGAAACAUUGUUGUCCAGAUAUUGAUAUUUAUGUUGAUGGAAGAAGUUUUAAAGCUCACAGGGCCAUUUUAAGUGCCAGAUCCAGUUAUUUUGCUGCAAUGCUGAGUGGAUGUUGGGCUGAAAGCUCUCAAGAAUACAUUACUCUUCAAGGUAUAAACCAUGUAGAAAUGAAUGUUAUGAUGCAUUUUAUAUAUGGAGGAACUUUGGACUUUCCAGACAAAGCUAAUGUUGGUCAGAUUCUCAAUAUGGCUGAUAUGUAUGGACUAGAAGGAUUAAAAGAAGUAGCAAUCUAUAUUUUAAGAAGAGAUUACUGUAAUUUCUUUCAGAAGCCCAUUUCUAGAACAUUGACUUCUAUACUGGAAUGCCUAAUUAUUGCUCAUUCAGUUGGAGUGGAAAGUCUUUUUGCUGACUGCAUGAAGUGGAUUGUAAAGCAUUUUGCAAGGUUUUGGUCUGAGAGAAGCUUUGCAAAUGUACCUCCUGAGAUUCAGAAAAAUUGCCUUAAUAUGUUGAUUCAAUCAUUAAAUGAUAAGAAUGCUGCUUUUCUUCUGAUGGAAAGCGACAGGCUAAUCAUCAGUUUACCCAGAGUAAAGUGGACAGAAGCAGCACUGAUUAUGGCAUCACAGCUCCAAGAAGAGUGUAUUGCAUUUAUUGUAGAAAACUUCUCCAAGAUCAUUCAGAGUGAAAAUUUCAUUCUUCUCUUACAGUCACAAGCAAUGAGCAGCACAGCUGAUCUGUUGGAUAAAAUUUUAAAAGCAAUUGAAGAAAAUAUUACCACUGAAAAUAGUUGUACUCUUCUUAUGGCUGUGGACACAUUACUGAACUCUGAAAAUACAAAGGAAAUGGGUUUUACGUGCAAGAUCCAGGCUCUGCGUGAUAAGCUGUGGAUCUUCCUGGUUCAGUCUUUCUAUGCUGUUCGUCACACAGAAAGCUGGAAGCUGAUGAGCACAGAUGAUCAACAGAAAAUCCAAGCAGCUGCAUUUGACAAGGGUGAUGAUCGAAGACUUGGCAAAAAGCCUAUAUUCAGUAGCUCUCAGCACAGGAGACAAGUUUCUGACUCUAGUAUUAUAAAAAACAAAUCUUGGAGGGAAAAUAACAAGUGUUGGAGUUCUCUCUCUACUAAUCAGAAGAUGAAAUCUGAUGGAUUAGCAUCUGGACAUUCAUCAAAUACUAAUAGAAAUAGUAUAAAUAAAACCUUGAAGCGUGAUGAUUUAAAGGAAAAGGAUAGUACAAAAGUAGCAUUUAAGAGUACAAAAGAAUUGAAAACUGGGGGGAAAAAUAUUUCUGGAAAGCCCAAAACUGUAAUAAAGGCCAAAAUAGAAAACAAUGAUAAUGCAAAACUCGACAACCUGCCACCUAAAGUUGUGGAAAAGUCAACAACAGCAGCAGCAACUGGACAUAAAAAUUCAGUAAAUGGAAAAGGAGUGAAAAAUCAGGAAGGGCAAAUCACAGGCGCCAGACCCAAGGUAUUCACUGGAAACUUAAAUGUGCAAGCCAAAGCAAAACCUUUGAAAAAAGGGACAGGGAAAGAUUCUCCAUGCCUCAGCAUUGCAGGACCUUCCAGCCAAUCUACAAAUUCAAGCAUGGAACUAUUGAUUUCCACUGAAUGUCUGGGCGAACCAAAAGAAAAUGGAUCAGUAGAAGAGAUGUCUUCCAGUCAGAAGCUAUCCUUUUGUGAUUCUCCAGGACAGAUGGUGAAAAACAGUGUAGACAGUGUCAAAAUUUCCACUGUAGCAGUAAAAUCUCAGCCUGUUUCAAGAGUUACCAAUGGAACUUCCAAUAAAAAAAGCAUUCAUGAACAAGACACUAAUAUAAAUAACAGUGUACUAAAGAAAGUCAGUGGCAAAGGAUAUAGUGACCCAGUACCACAGGCAAUUUUGAAGAAAAGAGGAAAUGGCAAUGGAUGUGGUACAGCUCAGCAGAGGACAAAGAAUGCCUCAUCUAAUCUUGCUAAAACUCAAGGAUCCCAAGGUGACUCACCAAAUUCAGUAAAAUCUUCAAUCUCUUCAAGGAAGUCUGAUGAAAAAUUGGACCAUAAGACAACUUCAGAUAAACAAACACCUAAGAAAAAAGUUGUUAAGCAAGGACUUACAACUUUGCCUAAGGUUAAUGCAAAAAUGGUGUCAAUGCCUAAAACCCUGAAUCAGUCAAAGAAAGGUGAAACUGUGAAUAACAAAGAUUCAAAACAAAAAAUGCUUCCUGGACAGAUUAUAUUGAAGACUCAGUCUUCUUCUCAAAGACCUUUAAAAAGUGAAACAUCUGUUAUCCAGAAAAGUAUUCUUCAUCAUAUACAUGAUAACAACAAAGACAAUGCUUCUGAACAGAAGUCUCACAAACCUCUAACUAAUCUUGCAACCGAAAUCAGUGGCACAAAGUCAUUUCAGUCAUCAUGCAGACCAGACCCACAAAAGCCACUGAGCAGUCAUGAAAAAGAGAAAUUGGUGUUAGAAUGCCAAAAUAUUUUAAAGCUGGAUAAAUCAGUAAAACAAGAACUGAAAUCAGAACAGAUUUGUUCAGAUAAAAGUGAAACAAAACUUCCCAGUCACAAAGACACAAAUCAUUGCAUUCCAACUGAAGCAUAUUGUCAUUCUGGCAGUGAUAGUGUAGAUUCAAAAUUUUAUAAUACCAAUGCUCUGAAGUCCAGGAUGUCAAAUCCAAAUGAAAACUCCUUAAACUAUAACCCAAUUUGUGAUUUAAACUCAACAAAUGUAGAACAAACUCAUUUAAUAUCAGAUAGAGAGAGAGAGGUAGGAAGAAAAGAUACAAAUAAAACAUCAAGCAUGAAGUGUGUGAAAGAUGUUUUACCUUGUAUUCCUGAAAGAAUAAAUGGUACCUUAAAUUCUGUUCAAGAUGACAGAAAAUCUAAAAUUCAUGUAGAAGAACCUGUUGGUUCUCAGUUAUCUAAUGACUUUGCCGUGAAGGAAGAUAAACUUGCUACCACAGACUCAGAUGUUUCCUCCAAAUUUUUUUUGGGACAGCCAUCAGGAAAAAAUUCUCCUAAAAAUAUGGAAACAUCAGAAACUCCAGAGAACCAUGAAACUCCAGAAGCUCCAUUUGUGGGUCACUGGAAUUUGAGUACCAAUGUGCUGCUUCAGAGAGAGAGUCCUGAAUCUGACACUGGCAGUGCUACCACAUCCUCUGAUGACAUAAAGCCCAGAUCUGAAGACUAUGAUGCUGGAGGGUCUCAGGAUGAUGAUGGGUCAAAUGACAGAGGUAUUUCUAAGUGUGGAACUAUGCUGUGUCAUGAUUUCCUUGGAAGAAGUAGCAGUGAUACUAGUACUCCUGAAGAAUUAAAAAUAUAUGAUAGUAAUUUAAGGAUUGAAGUAAAAAUGAAAAAGCAAAGUAGUAAUGAUCUUUUCCAAGUUAACUCAACAAGUGAUGAUGAGAUUCCUAGGAAAAGGCCAGAAAUUUGGUCUCGAUCUACAAUAGUUCAUCCUAGGGAAAAAGAAAAUAUUUCACGAGGCAGUGUCCAGUUUGCUCAGGAAAUAGAUCAGGUUUCUUCCUCAGCAGAUGAAACAGAAGAUGAAAGAUCUGAAGCUGAGAAUGUUGCAGAAAAUUUCUCUCUAUCUAACCCAACUCCUCAGCAGUUUCAGGGAAUAAUUAACUUAGCUUUUGAAGAUGGAACUGAAAAUGAAAGUCGUGAGUUUUCUGCAACUAAAAAGUUUAAAAGGUCAGUUUUACUUUCAGUAGAUGAAUGUGAAGAACUGGGAUCUGAUGAAGGGGAAGUCCAUACUCCCUUUCAGCCUUCUAUAGAUUCACUUUCACCUUCUGAUGUUUUUGAUGGUGUUUCUCAUGAACAUCAGGGAAGGACCUGCUUUUCCAGAUUCUCACAAGAAAACCAAGAAAGUAUUUUACAAUGUAAACAACAACAUAAAGGCAAUAGCACAUAUAACAAUGACAGCACUCUCUUGGGUCUUAAUAGCAUUGACUCUUUAAGAAAAGAGAAACAGAGUGUUUCAGCCACUGAUGAAAAGAACACAUUAGAUGUCCUGUCCAAAGGAAGCAGGCAAUUUUUUCCAGAGGAUAAAAAAGUAAAUGGUGGAAACAAUGUGAAUAAUGACUUUCAGCAAUGCAGCAAAUUCUUGGAUAGUGAUAUAAAAUCUCAAGAAAGGCCAUGUCAUUUGGAGCUUCAUCAAAGAGAACCCAAUUCUGACAUACCAAAGAACAACUCUACAAAAUCUCUGGACUCCUUUCGGAGUCAAGUUCUGCCUCAGGAAGGUCAAGUGAAAGAGAGCCAUUCAACAGCUACCGAAAAAGCUAAUAUUGCUUUAUCUGCAGGAGACAUAGAUGAUUGUGACACACUGGCACAAACCCGCAUGUAUGACCAUCGGCCUUCAAAAACCCUUUCUCCAAUAUAUGAGAUGGAUGUAACAGAAGCAUUUGAGCAGAAAAUGGAAUCAGAAACACAUGUUACAGAUAUGGAUUAUGAAGAUAAUCAACAUUUUGCAAAACAGGACUGGACCCUACUAAAGCAACUGCUCUCUGAACAGGACUCAAACUUAAAUAUUACAAAUUCUCUUCCUGAAGAUCUAAAUUUAGCACAGUAUUUAAUCAAUCAGACACUCCUUUUAGCACGAGACAGCUCGAAACCUCAGGGUAUAGCACAUGUUGACACUUUGAACAGAUGUAGCGAACUAACAUCUCCACUUGAUAAUUCCUCAGCAAGUAUCACCAUGGCUAGUUUUUCCUCUGAAGAUUGUUCACCUCAAGGGGAAUGGACAAUUCUGGAACUGGAAACUCAGCAUUAAGAGUCUUAACAUUUUGGAAAAUUUUAAACUGUGUCACCCCUUUAUUUUUGGAUGCCUAUAUUAUAUCUAAAUUAUAAUUGCAUUAGCCAGAUAUAGACUGUCCUUAAUAUUGAGGGAGUCUUGGUUUAUUGAGGUAAACAUAGUUUAUUUAUUGAUAUGCUAUCACAUAUAGGAAAAAAAAGUGUUUUUCUAAAGUUUUUGAGCAUGUUUUCUAUAAUUAUUAGAGAAAUUAGAAGACUUCUAAGGAAAAACACUUGCUUUAGUUUUUCUUUCCUACCUGAUCAUUUGUUUAUAAUUCAAGAAUUUAAAAUGUGAAUGCACAAGUAUAUCAGUCCCUUUACCCUUUUACUUUUGUUCUGCAUAUGGUACCAUAGUAAUUUAACAAUAAAAAAAACCUUACUGUG